UUAACAGACAACACAAUCAUGAAUCUAUCAGUGGAGUUUCUUGUGCUUUUUUCUUUUGUAGCCGGAGUGUUCGCUUCUCCAGCUGAACUCAGAAACGACUGCCCACGGAACGCUCACUAUGAAGCUUGUGGAUCUGCCUGUCCUCUCACCUGCAAGAAUUACAAGGAUCCACCCAAGGCAUGCAGCCUGUUUUGCUCUUCCGGGUGCCACUGCGACAAAGGAUAUGUCUGGGGAGGUACAGGGGAUGAAUGCGUGCUGCCAGAGGAUUGCCCACCUCAGAAAGUCUGCGGAGAGAAUGAGGUCCUCAACGAAUGCAGCGAAGCAUGUCCUUUGACCUGUGACAACUACGACGAUCCACCUAAAAAGUGUGAAUUCGUAUGCAAUUUCGAAUGUGAAUGUGUUGAAGGCUUUGUUAGAAAUUCAAAAGGAGAGUGUAUCAGACCAGAAAAGUGCCCACCCAAAAAAGAGGAGUGCCCGGCCAAUCAGCACUACAACAACUGUGGAACCCUCUGCCCGGUGACAUGCGAGAACUAUAAGAACCCACCCAAGGCUUGCUUCCUCAUGUGCAACCCUGGAUGCGAAUGUGACGAUGGCUACGUCAAAGCAAAGGAUGGAUCAUGUGUCAAGCCCAAGGACUGCCCUGUUCCAGAAGAAAAGAACUGUGUUGACAAACCUGAUCCUGGCAUGUGUCGAGGAUACUUUCCCAUGUGGUAUUACGACGAAGAUGCCAGAGAAUGCAAGGAAUUCGUCUAUGGUGGUUGUCAAGGCAACGGAAACAGAUAUAGUACUAAGACAGAGUGCUUGAAAAGUUGUGCCAGCAUCUGGGAAUCUGACAAUGACAGGUGCACCCUGCCAGCCAAAACAGGUAGAUGCAGGGGCUAUUUCCCCAGGUACUACUUCGACAAGGAAGCCGGUCAAUGUAAGAAGUUCGUCUAUGGCGGAUGCGGUGGCAACGAAAACAAUUUCGAGACGGAACAAGAAUGCGAAAACGCAUGCGGAAACCGAGCAGAUGAAGUCUGUGGCGAGAAUGAACGUUACAAUGGAUGCGGAACUGACUGCCCCUUGACUUGCGAGAACUACGACAACCCACCCAAAUUCUGCAACCUCAUGUGCAGGAUCGGAUGCGAGUGCGAGAAUGGAUUCGUCCGACGGGCCGAUGGAAAAUGCGUCAGGCCCGACCAGUGCCCAAACAGGCAGGCUGCUCUUGAUCGACCCGAUUGUGACAAGGCUCCAGAAACUGGUCUGUGCAAAGGAUAUUUCCCUCGCUAUUACUACGACCAAGAAGCCGGCCAGUGCAAGAAGUUUGUUUAUGGUGGAUGCGGAGGUAACAGAAACAACUUCAAGACUGAAGAGGAGUGCUACAACAAAUGCGGAGCUCUGCAUGCCAAGUCUCGAAAUGCUUGUGAAGAGGACAAAGAAGUCGGAACCUGCAAAGCCGCUUUUGUUCGAUAUUAUUUCAACAAGAACACCGGUAAGUGCGAACCUUUUGUCUACGGGGGAUGCGACGGAAACAGCAACAACUUCCUCACUAUGGAAGACUGCGAAGAUGUUUGCAUUUAUUAUCUUAGAAAACACAUGUCAGGUUCUCAUAAUUUAAUGGCAUCACAAAACAUUACUUCAUUCGCUCGUGAUGUGCAAAGUGCACUGAUAUUAUUUUUCUAUAAAAAUGUCAUGAUUUCAUUUAUUAGGCUCUUUUCGUUUUACGGGGUUACAAGAAAUAUGAAGGUGUUGGUUUUCUUGUGUUUUAUUGCUGGAGCUUUCGCUUUCCCAGCUGAGCAGGCCGAUUGCAGUGCCCGUCCAGAUCCGGGUCUGUGUGACGCCUACAUGCCCCGAUACUACUACAAUGAAGUAGAAGGUCGCUGUAAGCAGUUCAUCUAUGGAGGAUGCGGUGGAAACAGCAACAACUUCCGAUCUGAAGAAGAAUGCAACAGAGCCUGCACAGAUAAGCAAGAUACUCAAGUUGUGCAAAAAGCAUAUGAAACAUGCAGCCAAGACAAAGAUGUCGGCACUUGCAAAAUGAGCUUCGAAAGGUACUACUACAACAAAAACACCGGAGAAUGCGAGGAAUUCAUCUACGGUGGUUGUUGGGGAAACUCGAACAACUUUUUGACCAAGGAGGAUUGUGAAGCUGUUUGCAUCCUGCACUUGUGUAAGGUGUGCAACCCCUUUACUUUAUUUCUUUGUUUUACAGAAGAAUGUGGCGAAAACGCUCACUUCACAAAUUGCGGAACAGCUUGUCCUCUAACAUGCGACAAUCUUGAAGAUUCUCCCAAAUUCUGCGUUGCGAUGUGCGUAUCAGGUUGUUAUUGCAACGAAGGCUUUGUAAAAACAAAUAGUGGAAGUUGCGUGAAGCCUGAAGAUUGCCCCAAGACAAGAGUCGCUCGUCUUGCUCGUGCCUGCCAAGAUGAGAAAAAAAUCGGACCUUGCAGAGGCGCCUUUCCACGAUUCUACUUCAACCAGCAGACUGGUCAGUGCGAAGGCUUCACCUACGGUGGUUGCCAGGGGAACAGCAACAACUUUAACAGCAAAGAGGAUUGCGAAGCUGUCUGCAUGAACUAACGGGCUUAUCUGAAUGCCGCAUUUCAUAUGGUGAGGUUAAUAAACAGCUAAGAUCAAAUCAUGAAAUAAAUGGACCAGUCCGAUGAAAAAAGCGUUCUUCAUAUCCACUAUAUCAGCAAUUCAAAAACUUUAUUAUUUCAUUAUUUUAUGUAUUUUGAGAGUAUUCAAAUGUAAAAAUGCCAUUAAAAUGAUUACACAUUGAGUUACAA